AUGAACGACAACGAAAUAUUAAAAAUGUUAAUUUCAAAAAGAAAUGAAGAGAAUGAAAUGAAAAUAAAACAUUAUUACCAGUUAAAGGAAAAGAAUACCAUGAUAGAACAAUUGAAAAAAGAAGUAGAAGAAACAAAGAAAUACCAUGUGGAUUUAUCACCAGAUACCAAAGAAGAAAGGAUAAAGGAAUUGGAGGAACAAACAAGUAAACUUCAAAAUACACAAGAUAUAAUUCAAAAAAGAAAUGAAGAAUUAGAGAAAGAAAACACUGAAAUGAGAAGAAUAAUAGAUGAGCAUAACUUGAAAGAAGAAAACACAAAAAGUGUCAUAGAAGAAAGUAUUCAAAAAGAUAAAGAAAUUGAAGAAAUUAAACAGAAGAACAAAGAGAUAGAAGGUAUGAUUAAAGAAGAGAAGGAAAAAACAAAAGGAAUGGAAGAGGAAAUUAAUAAGAUGAAAGGAAUAAUUGAGAAAAAAGAAAUUGAAGAGAAAACAUUUAAAAGAAUGAAGGAAGAAACAGAAAAGAAAAUAAAAGAAGAGGUCAAUCAAAAAGAAAAACGGAUAAAUGAACUAGAAAGAAAAAUAGAACUAUUUCAAAUGGAAAAUAUUGAACUUACUCAACGAAGACUAAAAGAAAAGAGAGAAAUGAUAUGGAUGAAUCAGAUUAUUCCAAAGAAAGAAAUAAAAACAAUAGAAAAGGAAGAAGAAAACAGUAAAUAUGAAGAAGAAAUAACAGAAGUAAAAUUUAUCCAAUCAAUUAUUCCAUUUAAAGCUAUUGAAAGAAAAGAAAGAGAAGAGAUAGAGAUUUUGGGAAUGAAAGAUAUGAAUUUAGUAGUUGAAAAUAGAAAAGAAUUCAAAAUUAUUGAAAGAAAUGGAGAAGAAAAUGAAAGGAUUAGUAUUGAAAAACUCAAUGGAAGAUAUGUUUGUAGUUGUUUAAGUUUAGAACAGAAAGAAAUUAUGUUUUGUAUGAGAGAAAAUAAUUAUUCAAAAUUUUAUUUCUGUAAUUUAAAUAAAAAAGAGAUUGAAAGCACAAACUGUUCAACUCCUGGAAGAAUUAUUUCUUGUACUCCAAUAGAUGAACAUAGUUAUAUUUUUGUUGAACAAAAUGGUUAUACUAUUGUUAAUGCAUAUAACAAAAAAGCAACAAGUUCUAUUUCAUAUACUGCAAAUAAUAUUAUCCAAUUAGUUACCUACAAUGGGACUAUCUAUUAUAUUUCUCAAACAAGUGAUUCACAAAAACUAGUUAUUGUCAGAGGGUCAAAUAAAACAAUUAUCUCCUUAGACAAAAAUGUUAUUUCAAUGGAUGUAGGAUAUCAGUGUUUAUUCCUUCGUACAUCAUCAUCAUCACUAUAUUGUUUUGACUUAAACACAAACCAGUUCGUUAACGAAUUAUCAUUAACAAAGUUCAAUUCUCUAGAUAUUAUCGCUACAUCUCAUCAUCACAGAGUGGUUGCUAUUGGGUGUGAUAAUGAUGAUAUAGUAUUUUGGAAUGCAUUUAUCAUGGACACAACUAAAUCAGUUAAACAAUUUACUCUUGACCCUCUUCUUAUCAAUUCAAAGCGACCAAAAAUCACAAAAAUAAUUUGGAAUGAACAGGGAGAUGCGUGUUCUGUUUCUUGUGGGUUCCAAAUUUUUAUUGCAUCUAACAUCAAUUAA